AUGAAUAAAAAUAAUUUUCAGUUUUGUCAUGUUUAUUUCUUCUGUUUAAGAAUGGGUCGAAAAAAAAUUCAAAUAUCAAAAAUAACUGAUGAACGUAAUCGUCAAGUAACAUUUACCAAACGUAAAUUUGGUUUAAUGAAAAAAGCUUAUGAAUUGAGUGUAUUAUGUGAUUGUGAAAUAGCAUUAAUCAUCUUUAAUAGUAGUAACAAGUUAUUUCAAUAUGCAUCGACCGAUAUGGAUAAAAUAUUACUCAAAUAUACCGAAUACAAUGAACCACAUGAAAGUAGAACAAAUAAUGAUAUUGUACAAAUUCUUAAUAAAAAAGAAUCUAAACAUUUAGACAAUAAUGAUAGUGAUAAUGACAUGGAAAGUGGAAAUGAAUGUGAAGAAAAAUCAGAUGAUAAUACCAAUAACAGUAGUAGUACUACCAAUAAACGUCCUUAUGCUCAAAAUCAUAUGUCUAGCCAAGGAUCUUAUUGUUCUUUAUCAAUGAAUGGUAUUCAUAAUAAUCAUAAUUCAUAUCUUUCCGGUACAAAAAUUGUUGGUAAUGGAUGUAUUGAUGUUAGUUCUAGUCCAUCUCCUCAGUCAACAUAUUCUCCACAAAGUUCUCCGAGUGAAUCUCGUACAAGUCCGAAUGUACAUAAAGCAUCUAUUAACACAUCAAAUGACAAUAGAACAAUCAUUCCAAAUUCAGCAAAAAAUUCAAAUCAAUAUACUACUAUGAAUAUACCACAUAGUGAUUCUGGAUUUAAUCGUCUACCUGGUGAUUUUUCAUUGCCCGGUGCUGAUUUGAAUUCAAUAUCAAAUUCGAAUAAUUUUCUUCCAUGGCAUCCAUCAUCUCAUCCAUCAUCAUUAUCAGCUGCUCUGCAAAUGAAUCCAUUAGGGUAAUGGAAAAGUUUAUAACUAAUACUCUCAUGUUUUUUGUAGGCAACAUGCAAAAUGAAGAUUAAUUUAAGUCAUUUUUCCUAGUUUGUUCAAAAAUCCUAUCAUAGGUAUCAGCAUGCCUUUCAUUAUGAUUUUAUCUGAAGAAAUGUUCAGAACCACCUAGAAAUCCAAACUCUUAUGUCUUGGAGCCAUUCCAUAAAACAGCCCGAUUAUGAAUUUUCUAUUCAAAGUGUCAUGAUCAAUUUUAUAAAAUUUUUCUAAGAAAUAAUUUUUGGAGUUGACCCGAUCUUAGUUUUCAGAUAAACCGUUUUAAAUCUAUAUUCAAAGGUAUGAGUCAGAGUGAAAAUGAAUGAAACGAAUGCUAUUUUGUAGAGCACUAAAUUUCACUUCAGAUGAACGUAGAUGUAGAGAAAAACUAAUUUUAGAGUAUUUUCGUCAUUGAUAAACUAGAAAAUGUGAGAAAACUCCUGAUCGUAUUUCAAAUUUUUCAGUACCAAAUAGUCUUUUAAUUAAAAAUAAAUGUUAUAUUUUUGAUCAGCAAGUAAACCUGCGUCGAAUAAAGUGUCGUUUGCCU